CAUGAAGAAGACGACUCGAACAAUUUUCACUGGCGUACCAACAUCCGCAGGAUUGACUUCGCUAGAAACGGACACAGUGUUGUAAACGCACAUAUUGUUUAUAAAGAAGCUAUUUUUUUAUAGUAUUAUUGUUCUUUAGAUUCAACUACUACUCCGUUCCAUGCAAAAAGGCGGACAAUGACUCGACAUGGGAAAAAUUGUACGGCGGGAGCCGUUUACACCUACCACGAGAAAAGGAAGGACACUGCGGCAUCGGGUUAUGGGACGCAAAGUGUGCGUUUAGGAAAGGAUGCCAUAAAGGAUUUCGACUGCUGUUGCCUUUCUCUCCAGACUUGCAGGGACCCCGUUGUAACUCCAGAUGGAUACUUGUAUGAAAAACAGGCCAUCCUGGAGUACAUCCUCCACCAGAAGACCGAGAUCGCCAAGAAAAUGAAGGCGUACGAGAAGCAGAAACAGACUCAGAAGAGUGACAGUCGUCUGGAGUCUAAAUCUGAGGAGAGGGGGAUAGCAGAGAGGUUCAAGACCCGGGAGAACAGCAUCGUGUCCAAACCCAUCAACCCCUUUACCUCUGGCCAGGCCAAAGAGUCAGACAGCCAGAGUGUUGUGGGUACAUCAGCCAGUACAUCAAAAGCUGACUCCUCUGCUCCUGCUGCCGGCACCAGCUCCUCCCAGGCCCUGCCCAGCUUCUGGAUCCCCAGUCUCACCCCAGAGGCCAAACCCACCAUACUCAAGAAACCUAGUAAGACGGUGGUGUGUCCCAUGUCUGGCCGGCCUCUGAAGAUGAAUGAGCUGACCAACGUACACUUCACUCCUCUGGACCCCAGUCUGGACCGAGUGGCCCUGCUCGCACGCCAGGAGAGGUACCUGUGUGCCGUGACUAAAGACACUCUGGGUAACAGUGUUCCCUGCUCCGUUCUCAAACCCUCUGGAGCGGUGGUGACUCAGGAGUGUGUGGAGAGGCUGAUCAGGAAGGACAUGACGGACCCGAUUACCGGAGACAAACUCACAGAGAAGGACAUCAUCCCACUACAGAGGGGUGGAACUGGGUUUGCAGGCUCUGGAGUGGGACUGAAAGCUAAAGAGGCUCGACCCGUAAUGAUGGUGUGAUGGUUCAGAGACGACGGGCAACAUGAAAGGCAUAUACUUGAUUAUUUGUACAUACGGUUGUCUGUUCUUGUAUGGAGUCUGAGAAUUCCAACUGCUAUUUUGAAGCUUUGUUAUACAGGGUUCUAUUCUGAGAAGCACAUAGGUGCACACAGAAAUUUAGAAGGUAAAAUAUUUGAGGUAUUAAUUUUAGGCACACUGGUGCUCCUAAAUAAAAAAUAAUCCUGGCCACACAGUGUGUAGGUGCAUAUGCAAGUAAAAUGGUUGUACUGUAGAGCCCUGAGAAAUGUCAUUUUUAUUUCUCUGGCACACACGCAUCAAACAGCCUACACACCAAUUCAUGCCUGUACCGUAUAUCAAGUUAAAUUGGCUGUGUUGGGGUUAAGGAGGUCAGAGUUCUUGGUGACCCUCAUCCGCCAACAUACCUCCGUAGUCAGUCAGCGUGCUUGACUUAAGGAAGUCGACCUGGUCCAUGACCUCCGAGAGAGAGAGACGCCCAUCCUAAGAGAGGAGAAUGAAGGAAUCUGGGUAAACUAACAGACCAUUUAGCAGGUGGCAGUGGUAAACUCCAUUCAAGCACCAGGAAACAAAUUUAGUUGCUUAGGACAGUAAAUGUCAUGUCAAAGAAAAACAACUUUUUGUAGAAAAACCAACAUGGCUUUAUUUAAAAUUCAGAGAAAUGUUUCACCACAAGUGUAAUUAAAUGUUGCCCCCUCCCUUCCGCCCACCCUGUGAACCAAGUGUAUAUUCUAUGAUGCUGUUAAAAAAAUAAGCCUGA